AAUCAAAGGGACGGUGCGGGAAGAUCUACACGAAGGCGGCGGCCGUGUGACUUGGGAAAAGCUCGCACAUGGUUGGGGCGUCACCGGCGAGCCCACAUCAACAUUGCCGCAUCGCCAUGGCCCCCUGCUCACUCCUCCGUUGGGGCAUCGCCGGCGAGCCAGCAUCAACAGUCCCGCAUCGCCAUGGCCCCAUACUCACUUCUCCGGUUGGGGCGUCGCCGACGAGUCAGCAUCAACACUCCAGCAGCGCCAUGGGCCCUUCACCAUUCUCCUGCUCCUCUCACCCUCCUCCUUCUACCCGCCUCCAGCGCCCGCUCUCGCAACCGUGGCCGCUUCUGCCUGCACCGCCCGCCAUGGCCACAACUGGACAGAAGCACGCGCACUCCAGGAUGCGGCCAAGUCAAAAUCAGGCCCACCAAACACUGAUUCUCUCCACAAGACCCCAGGAUGCGACCAAGCCAAAAUCGAGGGACACAAUCCAAAAUCAACAAUCUCAAUAUUGGAUGUGAGGUAUUUCAAAUUACGGAGCAUAGUGAUAUAGAAGAUGGGUUCCCGAUUUUCUUUCCAGACAAUACGACAACAAGGCAAAGCUGAAAGAUUGAAUAGACUUGUACACAAGUUUCCAUCUAACUUGCUAACCCUUAUUGACACGGAGGGAUUGACUAGAAGCGGAGCGCGUGGAGGCCGACUUAACGUCAUAAUCCUAUCUCCGAGUAUAGUAUGAAACAGACAAGAGCAGGCUUCUUCCCCUUUUACUGGCUAGCUAGAUUCCAUGGUAAAAAAUCGUUCAUCAGAUAUCGAUAGAUACACACGCAUCACACUUGUCCAUCCAUCGUCGUUCCUUUCUUUCUUUGGGUCAUCUUCUUGGAAAGUCCCCAUCCGAGCUUGCUAUGAACAGUAAAAUCCAAAAAAAAUGGGAAAAAAUCGAAAAAUUGUUAAUUUUUUUGUGACAAACAUUGACAAUUUUUUUGAGUGCUUGCAAAUUUUCGUCUCAAAAUGACAUUCGUGGAAGUCAUGGCGAAAAAAGCACUUGAAAAUUCUUUUGAAAAUAGCAUAUUUUUGGAGCAUCAAAUUUGUAUCUUUAGCCCUGACUUGCACGAAUGUGUUCACAUGAUGAAACUUUGCAAGCAAGUAAGUGAACAAUUUUGUUAAUAUUUGCCACAAAAAAUAUUCAGAAUCAUAUUUUACUGUUCUCCUGAGCUCAGAUGAGCUGAGAUACUCUGACGUCCCCCUUCUUCUUCUUCCUAUUCUUCCUCUUCUUUCCCUCCUAUCUGCCGAUGCAAUGCCCCACAAUUUGUAUAUGCUGCUUUCCUUGCUUCCUUUCCGUGUCGAGUGAUCCAAAAAUGUCCUUUUCCUGGCUGGCUACCUCCGCUUGGUCGCUACACCUGUCCAUCAUCAUAUCGAUCGUCUGGCAUCUUCUAUCUUGUUGCCGUCUCAAGUCUCAACUCAACUGAUGCAAUGCCAUGUCCUCCCCCACAAUACAAUUUGCAUAUGCUUUCCUUUCUUCCAAGGUGAUGAGCUACCUCUUCCUCUUCCAUGCAUGCAUCGGUUGGCAUCUUCUUCUUCUCCUCCCAACUGAUGCAAUAGGUUUGAAUAUUAUGCUUUCCUUUCUUCCCUCCGCAAAUCCAAACUUACUACCCAUGCAACCUCCCUUUAUAGGACAACUUUGAUCUUGGAUUUCCCCAUUAUAUUGCAUGAUAGUUUUACACCCAACUAUAUAUCUCCUGCCUGCAACAACACAACCACCUCCUGCAGGUAGCUCAGCGGAUCACUUGUGUCAUCAAUCAUGGGGUGGUCGUCGUCGUCGUCGUCUCCGGCGGUGCUGCUGCUCCUGUGCCUGCUCGCCCUCGUCUUGAUCCAGGCGCCGUCGGCGUCGGCGCUGGCUGCCAACUGGGGCACGCGCGCGCUCCACCCGCUCCCCGGCGACGUCACCGUGCAGCUGCUCAAGGACAACGGCUUCGACAAGGUGAAGCUCUUCGAGGCCGACCCGGCCGCGCUCAAGGCGCUGGGCCACUCCGGCAUCCAGGUCAUGCUCGGCCUCCCCAACGAGCUGCUCGCCACCGUCGCCCGGGACGUCGCCGCCGCCGAGCAGUGGGUGCAGCACAACGUCUCGCACUACGUCUCCGACUACGGCGUCGACAUCCGGUUCGUGGCCGUGGGCAACGAGCCGUUCCUCAAGUCGUACAAGGGCCAGUUCGAGGCGGCCACGCUCCCGGCGGUGCGCAACGUGCAGGCGGCGCUCGUCAAGGCCGGCCUGGCCCGCCAGGUGCGCGUCACCGUCCCGCUCAACGCCGACGUCUACGAGUCGCUCGACGGCCGCCCCUCCUCCGGCGACUUCCGCCCGGACAUCACCACCCUCAUGACCAGCCUCGUCCGCUUCCUCCUCGACAGCGGCGGCGUGCUCGCCAUCAACAUCUACCCCUUCCUCUCCAUGGACGCCGACGCCAACUUCCCGCGCGACUACGCCUUCUUCCCGGCCCCCGGGGCGCCCCCCUCGCAGGCCAGCGUCCAGGACGGCAGCGUGCUCUACACCAACGUCUUCGACGCCAACUACGACACCCUCGUCGCCGCGCUCGACAAGCACGGCCUCGGAAACAUCACCGUCGUCGUCGGCGAGAUCGGCUGGCCCACCGACGGCGACGCCAACGCCAACGUGGCCGACGCGCGCAAGUUCAACCAGGGCCUCUUCGACCGCAUCGUCGCCGGCAAGGGCACCCCGCGCAGGCCCCAGAUGCCCGACGUCUACGUCUUCGCGCUGCUGGACGAGGACGCCAAGAGCGUCGACCCCGGCAACUUCGAGCGCCACUGGGGCGUCUUCAACUACGACGGCUCGCCCAAGUACGCGCUCCGCCUCGCCGGCGGCAAGGGCAUCGUGCCGGCCAAGGGCGUCAGGUACCUGUCCAAGCAGUGGUGCGUGCUCCGCCCCGACGCCAGCCCCACCGACCGGGCCAUCGUGGGCGCCGUGGGGUACGCGUGCCAGUAUGCCGACUGCACCAGCCUCAGCCCCGGCUCCUCCUGCGGCGGCCUCGACGUCAGGGGCAACGUCUCCUACGCCUUCAACCAGUUCUUCCAGUCCGCCGGCCAGCAGAAGGGAUCCUGCGGCUUCAACAACCUCUCCGUGGUCACCACCACCGACCCGUCGCGGGGCACCUGCCGCUUCAAGAUCAUGAUCGACACCGGCCGGCACGACCUCACCCACCAGGACGACUCCGGCGCCGCCAGGGCCGCCGCCGCGUGGGGCGCCGUCGUCGCCAUGCUCGCAUUGCUCGCCAUCGUGGCACUCUGACCAUCCCUCCCUCUGACAUCGCCAUUGAUGAGGACACGCGCGCGUGCUCACCACCUGACCUCAGGGGCUUGCUAGCCUAGCCUUGAGAGGAAGAAAGGACCAAACAAUUCUUUCAUUAGUUGUUUCUUUUCUUUUCUUUUCUUUUCUUUUCUUUAUACGUACAUCGGCUGUCAAGGUCCCUGAUCAUAUCGGCAAGGAUUAUAUUAGAACUGUACAUUUGUACUUCCUCCGUCCGGAAAUACUUGUCAUAGAAAUGGAUACAAAUGGGUGUAUCUAGAACUAAAAUACAUUUAGAUACAUCCAUUAUUUGGACAAGUAUUUCCGGACGGAGGGAAUAUAUGAAUAUGAUCAUCAGGAGGAAUGUGUUGCACAAAGAUCCUCCAUCCUCCUCCGACUAAUACUACAACAUGGAGAAUGGGAAA